AUGGCUGCAACUGCAACUGCUGGAACCCAUAUUGCAGUCCCAAAGCCCUGCCUUUCGGCAUCUCGUAAAACUUUUAAAUCAAAUGUCGCUAAUUUUGGGUCUGAAACUAAAUCUGACUGUUGGGCAAAGCUCAGAAGCUCAUCGAACAUCUCAUCGACAUGGUCCUUCUGCCAGAAGCUUAACUCCCACCCUUUGAAGUAUCAGAGGACUAUCACCAAAGCAAUGUCUGCACAAAGUGACAAGGAGACUCUACCUGGAUUGCCUAUUGACUUGAGAGGAAAGAGGGCUUUCAUAGCUGGUGUUGCUGAUGAUAAUGGAUACGGAUGGGCAAUAGCAAAGUCCCUUGCAGCUGCUGGUGCUGAAAUUCUUCUCGGUACAUGGGUGCCCGCAUUGAACAUAUUUGAGACCAGUUUACGCCGUGGAAAAUUUGACGAGUCCCGUGUGCUUCCAGACGGUUCUCUUAUGGAAAUUAAAAAGGUGUACCCUUUAGAUGCAGUCUAUGAUACUCCCGAGGAUGUUCCUGAAGAUGUUAAGGCAAACAAACGCUACGCAGGCUCUUCAAACUGGACUGUCAAGGAAGUGGCCGAGUCUGUGAAACAAGACUUUGGCACGAUAGACAUUCUUGUACACUCACUUGCUAAUGGUCCAGAGGUUACUAAGCCUCUUUUGGAGACAUCAAGAUAUGGUUAUCUUGCAGCGGUUUCUGCUUCAAGUUAUUCUUUUAUAUCAUUACUGAAGUACUUUGCUCCCUUAAUGAAUCCAGGUGGUGCAACAAUCUCGCUGACAUACAUUGCAUCUGAAAGCAUUAUACCUGGAUAUGGAGGAGGCAUGAGUUCAGCUAAGGCUGCUUUGGAGAGUGACACAAGGGUGCUUGCUUUUGAAGCCGGCAGGAAGCACAGAAUCAGAGUGAACACAAUAUCUGCAGGUCCUUUGAGAAGUCGUGCCGCUAAAGCCAUUGGUUUCAUUGAUAUGAUGAUUGAUUAUUCAUUGGAAAAUGCCCCCUUGCAAAAGGAACUAUCUGCUGAGGAGGUUGGCAAUGCCGCUGCAUUUUUAGCAUCACCUUUGGCUUCUGCUAUUACUGGUGCUGUCGUUUAUGUUGAUAAUGGGCUGAAUGCAAUGGGAGUAGGUGUUGAUAGUCCGGUCUUCCGUGAUCUUGACAUCCCAAAAGACAACAAAAGCUAG